AUGGAAGCGGGCUGCAAAGCGCGUGAAAGAGGAAAACAAACUGACACGGGCCAUAACCAAUGGGAAAGAGGAGAAACAGAAGGCGACCGCAGAGUUCGGUCCGCCGCGCUACAGGGGGCGCCCGCGCGCCUCACCACGCCCGCGCGCCGCUUCCUGUCCCUCCUCGCCAGGAUGUUGCUGCCGCUGCUGCGGGGAAGCUGCUUUCCUCCCUCCUCUCCCGGCGGCGGUGGGGGCGGCCUGGGCACUGGCUCCCCGGCAUUGUCGGGCGGCCAGGCCCGCCGGAGGAAGCAACCACCCAGGCCUGCAGACUUCAAGCUGCAGGUCAUCAUCAUCGGCUCCCGCGGCGUGGGCAAGACCAGCCUGAUGGAGCGCUUCACCGACGACACGUUCUGCGAGGCCUGCAAGUCCACCGUGGGUGUUGACUUUAAAAUAAAAAAUGUAGAGCUAAGAGGAAAGAAAAUUAGAUUACAGAUCUGGGACACAGCAGGUCAGGAAAGAUUCAACAGUAUUACCUCAGCUUAUUACAGAAGUGCCAAGGGGAUCAUAUUGGUCUAUGACAUCACUAAGAAAGAGACGUUUGAUGAUUUGCCAAAAUGGAUGAAGAUGAUUGAUAAGUAUGCUUCAGAAGAUGCAGAACUUCUCUUAGUUGGAAACAAGUUGGACUGUGAAACUGACAGAGAAAUCAGCAGACAGCAAGGUGAAAAGUUUGCACAGCAGAUAACUGGGAUGCGGUUUUGUGAAGCGAGUGCCAAGGACAAUUUCAAUGUGGAUGAAAUAUUUCUGAAACUUGUUGAUGACAUUCUGAAAAAGAUGCCUCUGGAUAUUUUAAGGAAUGAGUUGUCCAACAGUAUCCUCUCGUUACAACCAGAGCCUGAGAUUCCACCAGAACUGCCUCCACCAAGACCACAUGUCCGAUGCUGUUGAUUUGCUACAGUGGAAAUGAUUCCUGGAAAGGGGGAAAAUGUUCUAUUCUGCACUACAAUCAUUUUGAAAAUUCCUUUCGCACUUUGUAAUCCAAGUCAGAGCUAUACACUAACUUGUAAAUAUGCAAAUAUACAAUCCUGGUAAGGUUUGGUUACAUAUUUCCCUCCAAAUUACUCUUACUUCAUUCGUUAUCCCAGUGUGUAGUGUACAUACACUGGAAAAUGUAGUACUUCUAAUAUGAAGAAUGGGGCAAAUGAGAGGUAUAAUGUUUCUUGAAGUAAAUAAUUUAAUUGUCCUUUUUAAUUAUAUUAUGAGGACAGAAGAUAUUCUGAUAAGAGGGAUCGUGGUGCUUUGCUUACUGUUUUAAAGAAAAUUUGUAAAACUAAAGACUUUUUGAAAACAGUAAUCUUGAGUGCUUUUUCUUUAUCUACAAGACAUUUUCCCCUAGCUGUAACAUCUUUGACAUAUUGGAGUAUUUCUGCACAGAGCAAAGCUACACUCAUAGCUGUCCUGGAUUAUUUAUUAGUGUUAUGUAUGGUAGGAUAUUCUAGUUAAAAUCCCAAGGCCACACACUCGCCAUCAUGGUUUCCUGACAGUGUACCCUGUACCUUUAAGAACUACAAAGGUUUAAUAAGGAAAAGUGUUUUUGAAACUAUAGAAGAUUUUAAAACAACGCUGCUGUCCUAAACAAAUUCUGUUUAAAGAUAUUUUAAAGAGAGACAUUUUACUAUAUCAAAGAACAUAUACAUGUAUUUGCCUAAACCUUCUGUACCUUUGUAACGAUAAAUACUUUUCUCCUUUUGGUGGAGCUUAUUCCUAUUAAGCCUACACUGUGUUCAAGUUUUUCUUUUUUUUUUUUUUAGGUCUGAUAAUGAAUUUGUGAACUCUUAUCUUUGGUAUAUCUUUUAAACUUCACUGUUUUGUUUAGUCAAAGUAAAUAAGUAAUUAUGUAUUUGAAUAACUUGGCGUGUCUUGAAUGUUGUGGUAUUGAAAAGCAUUGUGGUCUUUCUAUACUAAUGAAGUGCAAAUAAAAUUUUGUAUUUAUGAAUGA